CGGAGUUUCCACGACAGCUGGAAGCCGAAACGGCAACGGGCGCAUCGCUUCUUCUCUCAAAAGAAUCGGGACGAGAGAGAGAGAGAGAGAGAGAGAGAAACAGGCUUCUGCUCGUCUCGGCAACCCCCCACCCCACCCCCCCACCCCAGAGACACCCUGGUCUGGCAUGGGCGACAAGAGGAGUCCCACAAGGCCGAAGCGUCAACCGAAGCCCUCCUCCGACGAGGGGUUUUGGGACUGCAGCGUGUGCACGUACAAGAACACGGCGGAGGCUUUUAAGUGCAUGAUGUGUGAUGUCAGGAAAGGGACAUCAACAAGGAAGCCACGCCCAGUCUCCCAGCUUGUCUCGCAGCAGCAGGCCACUCAGCAGUUCGUGUUACCCUCGCAGCCCAAGAAGGAGAAGAAGGAGCGCGUCGAGCGAGAGAAGAGCGACAAAGAGCCGGCGCUCAAAAAGAACAGUCACAAGAAGAUGAGGCCCAGGUUAAAAAACAUUGACCGUAGCAGCGCCCAGCACCUGGAAGUGACGGUGGGCGACCUGACAGUCAUCAUCACGGACUUUAAGGAGAAGGCCAGGCCCUCGUCCACCUCGGCGUCGUCCUCCAGCGCCGCGUCAUCCGCCGACCACCACAGCCAGAACGGCUCCAGCUCGGAAACCACAGAGAAGGGGCUCUCGCGCUCAUCCUCGCCUCGGGGAGAGGGCAGCUCAGUUAACGGGGAGUCCCACUGAGCUCGCCCCUCUCCUUCCAUCCCACUCCUUCCUGGUUGAUUUCCUUUCAUGGAGAUUUCCUUUUCAGCGGGAACUAGGACCCUUUUUCAGAUCCAAGUUGAAUCAGUCACCACGACUCUCAUUUAGGAAGCAUUACACAUGACACUAGCCAUGAACGGGAAGCUGCAUUUUCACUUUUGACAAUUUUGUGCACUUGAGAGAAUCCCACGCAUUAUGCUAAGCUUCCUCACUGACAGCUCUGAUCUUAUAACAGCCUCUUUUUUUCCCAGGACUGUGAUUACAUGCUCAGACAAGCUUUGGACAGUGUGAAGUGCUCCGGGGAUGCACCUUGUUAUUUUUUGGGGGGCUUACAGUGACCAUCUAUUACAGCCUGCGACCUCAAACUCACUACUCCCAAACUUCUACUUCUUAUCAACUUCUGGUGUCGAAUCUAGGAAGAUGUUUUUGGACACAUCCAAUAAAGACUGGGGAAUAUUGUUCAAUAGGGUUAUGCUUGUUUGUUUGCAUUUUUUUAUUUGUUUUAUUAUUAAAGCCAACAUUUAGGGAAGGUUUAGUAUAUUGUUAUGGGUAAUACCAGUGUUUUUUUGUUUUGUUUUGUUAUUUUUAUUGUGUGCCAGUAGUGGAGACUUGAAGACAAUUGGAGCAGUUGGGUUUUGUUGGACUUAAACUGCAUUAUUAGGAAUGAAUUGCAAUGGUUUUCAGUUGCGUUAUCUCAAUGGGUUCAAACACAAGCCAGCUUGGAAGUAACUCAGGAUUGACACCCACAGAAUUAAAUACACAUUUCUGCACAUCCCUAAUAUUCUUCAUUGUAAUUUUGCUAUCUGGCACAUGUUAAAUCAGGUUUAAGAUAUGGUAAAACAGAAUACACACUGGUUGAGAAAGUGUCAACAAGGAACAUUUUGGCUUGCCUACUUAGACGUUUUUUUUUUGUUUUUUUUUCCCUUCGGAGUAAAAUCACAGCCGCUGCACAAAUGGCAACUCCUGCGUGACAAGCCAAGAUGUCGUGGAUCCUGUUCUGUGGUCCUCUUUGUAGAUAAGGCGCCGUGCAACACAUGUGGAGACUUCUGGACAUUUAUUUGCAGGGCAAGCGAUGGCUCACAGUGGGACUGGGAUGAUUUUCAAAAACUCUUUAUACUCCUAUCGUUUUCAUGUAGUCAAUUGGGGGAGCUUUAGAUGUACUAAACUCCCAGCUGAGCAAUGAAUAGUUAUUGUAAUUACACAAUUACUUAUACAAACCUUUAGAUUCACACAGAUUAAUGGAUAUUUACAACAUAUUGUACUACCAUGUUUUAAUGUGGCUGUAUUAUCCAUCAUAUCAGUGUUAUUUCUAUGUUUUAAAAAAAAAUAUUUUAAGCAAGAGAUUCAGAGAACUGUCACAGCAUGAUGAAAUAUGUUAUAAUUAUGGGACAAGCUAUGUUAGUAUUGUUUAGAGGUAAGGUUCACAACAUUAGCUGGGACUAUGUGCGUGGGCCAGUGAGAACUGCUUAGAAAUGUGUUACUUGGUCGUGGCAACGACGGAAUGACUUUCUUGUUUUUUUUGUUUUAUUCAUUGACGCAUUUCCUUUUGCUUUGCUCAAGUUGUUAUGAAGUGUGUGCUUAUUACAUGUCUAUAUUAGAGAGUAACAAAAUGCAAACCAAAAAUAUUUAUGCAUUUUUUCCCCCCUUUUUAUUUCUUCUAUUGAACCGCCUUCAGUACAUGUCAAACAAAGACAGCACAUGGCUACAGAUGAUAUAUAUUUUUUUCCACCCUUUAGCACCACCUGGUGAAUCAUUCAGUAACUCCUGCUUAACAUAUAAUAAUUAACUUAACCCUCCCUAUAAAUACGGUACUAGUAAGUAGUUAUGAAUGCCACCUAUUGAUUAGCAGCCAUUUUUUAAACUUCCUAAUUUCCCCUGAUGUCAAUAAAGAACCUAAUUUGCCCAACA